AUGCAAGACGAAAAGACCGACGAAGGUUUCGUAACGGAUCAUUCAACGCCAAAAGACCGAUGGCGGUUUUGUAAUGGUGCAUCUAAAACCAACAAUAAAAUUCUCCAUUACAACAUCCAUUUUUUAUAUCUCAUAAGGCAGGAAACGGCUGAGACUGCUAUUGGUCUUACCCUUACUGACACGUAUGGUGAGCUACCUCUCAUCCAAUCAAAGGAACGUUGUAACCAUGUUUAUCAAUUAGUCAAAGAUUUAAACGUCGAGUUACAAGGUAAAAGUUUUUGGGUACGUGGAUAUUUACAGAGUGUACGCGCCAAAUCCAAGAUCGCAUUUAUUACGCUGCGUCAAGAGACAGCAACAAUUCAGGCUAUUUUGCAUGAGAGUGACAAAGUUUCACGCCCUAUGAUCAAGUUUGCGGCCAGCGUGUCAAAGGAAUCCGUUGUGGACGUGUUUGUGACACUAAACGUACCCAACAGCCCCGUCCUCAGCACUACACAGAAGGACGUGGAGCUCAAUGUGGAAAAGUUUUUUGUGGUCAGCAAGGCACUACCAGAACUACCAUUCCAGGUAGAGGAUGCAGCUCGCUCCGAUAUUGUUGUCAAGGCCGAAGAAUCUACUUCGAUCGCGCAUGUGGACGGUCGUAAACUCGGACAAGGACGACUCAAGCACAGGCGUCGUUUGCGAUCGUUAUCGUCUUCGUCCGAGUCGGAGAGUUCUGACAUCUUGAAAAGCGAGCGAUCACGUCACAAGAGUAAACACAAGUAUAAAAAAUCUCAUGAAGAUAAAAAGCGACAUAAGAAGAAAGAAAAACAGCGAAAAAAGGACAGUAAGAGUAAGAAAUAUGCUGUGAAUCAAGAUAAGUACGGCAAGUACGGUAUUCUGCGUGAGUCAGAUUUCCAUUACAAGAGCGUCUCUUUCCAAGCGUGGCUUCGUGAUGUGAAGAAAAUGGGUGAGUUUAAUGGGCCCAAAUGGGAAGCCAUGGAACUUUUUAAAGAAUACAUGGAAGACUACAAUACGUGCACAAUGCCCCACAAAAAGUAUUACGAUAUUGAAAAGUACGAGAUGAAAAGGUAUCAGAAAAAGCAGCGCAAGGCGUUUGCCAAUCAGAAAGAAACAUCUGGCAAGACAUUGGAUACAUUGGCUGAUGAAGAACGCUUGCAUCGUGAGCUCCGGAAUGCACGUGAGAAGAAGGAGCAAGAAGAGUUUCGCCUUGUGUUGCAACUUAUGGACAAGGACAAGAUUGAAGCCAUGCGUGAGCAGGAGCGUAUUCGUGCCCAGAUGCAGUUGUUAUACAAGUCUGGAAAUGUUGAAGAAGCUCGUCGUCUUGAGCAGAUUCUUAACAAGGUCGAAGAAGAUCCACGCUUCAAGAGAUAA